CGCCCCCAAAACACAGCCGCCGCCGCCGUCCACCCGCGCAUCCCCUCCCUGCUCCUCCUCCUCCUCCCCCCCUCGCGGCGGCGGCGCCGGCGAGUGGCUCCCCCGAGCGCGCCUCCCUUCCGCGAGCCCUCCUUCCACCACCGAAGCACGACCUCCACCUCGCUCUCCGCUCUACUGGACUGUAGCCGAGUGGAGAUUGGCGGCAAGCCCAACCAUGCUCGGAUUAUUCUGAGAUUUGUUCUCCAAAAAGUUUUGGGGGAUUCAGCUGAAUCUCCAUGCUCCGGUCAGUGCCAGCCGCUCGCCACAGGUGGCUUCCAUGGAAUGGCCUUGCCAGGGGCUCAUCCAGAACCCCACAUUGUCAUGCUGCUGCUGCUGCUGUCAGUUCUUGGCAUGUCCAUGAUUCAUCAUCACCAUGUGCGUCGAGCUGGAGCUGGGCCAGUCAGGUUGGUGACAGGAUUCAGCUGCGGCCAUUCUCGGCCGCUCCGGCGAUCGUCGGGGAUGGGAUUGAGGAUGUGGAUGAUCGGAGGGUCAAGCAGAUGCGGAGGAGGCGCGACGCCCGCAUCGCGCAGAAGGCAUUCAUGGAGUACCUCCAUGUCACGCGUGGGAUUUGCUUCAGUGAUGCCGAGCACAUGAGCAAGCGCUCGCCGAUCUUCAUCAGCAAGCUGCUGGAGAAGGUGAAGGAUGCGGCGAAGGAGCCCACGGAGGAGGGGGAGGAGGUGCCCUUCAGGUCGAAGGUGAAGAAGAGGGAGAUGAGGGAUGAGAGGGUCAGCAAGGCGUUGGUGCGGCUGUUCAACUUCCACCCUAUCAACGAGUUCGAGCCGUUCUUCGAGAGUAUCGGCAUCGCGCCGGGCGAGUAUGAGCCAUUGUUGCCUCGUGAUCUCAUGUUUCUCAAUGAUGAUGAGACGAUGCUCGACAAUUUCCGGGUGCUUUGCAACUAUGGCAUCGCGCGCACCAAGAUAGGGAGGAUAUACAGGGAUGCUACCGAAGUGUUUAGUUUUGGCCAUGGAGUUCUUGCGUCGAAGCUGAAGGCCCUUGAGGAUCAAGGGUUGAGUAAGACCAGUGUGAUCAAGCUAGUGAUGUCGAGCCCUGUCAUACUGGUCCGUGAUCCAAAUGUGGAAUUGAAGAUUCUGCGCUGGCUAGAUGAUGUUGGAAUUCAGAGAGACUGGCUUGGCCGAUUCUUAUCUGUAAAGAAGUCUUAUAACUGGGGAAAGAUGGUCCAAGUCCCUCAGUUCUUCAGUGAUUUAGGAUUCACUAAUGAAGGUAUUGGCAAAUUGGUCAGACAGAAUCCCGAUUUCUUGUUUAGUGGUUCAGGAAAGAUGCUGUUCUCGGCAGUCCUCGUCAUGCUAAAAGCUGGGUUUGGAAAAAAGGAAUUGGUUGAUCUUUUUCUGAAUUUCCCAAAUUUGUCAGUCGACAAUUUCACGAGGAACCUGCGAAGGGGCAUAUUCUUCUUAGCUGAGAUUGGUGUUAGUGAAGAGGACAUUAAGAAAUUUGUGGUGUCUAACGGUUCAAUACUUGGUUCCGUCCAAUUGAAGAAACCAAACAGCAUUAUGACACAUCUCAGUGUAGGGAAGAAGCGCCUUUGCAGGAUGGUAAUGGAGGAUCCACAACUGUUGAUGAAAUUCUCAUUAGGGGCAAAGGUCAGCCGCAUACCGAAAGUUGAUCUCCAUGAAGCAUCCUUCAAGGAGAAGGUGAAAUUUUUACAGAACUUAGGAUUUAUGGAAGGAUCCGAACGAAUGACGAGGGGACUCAAAGCAUUUCGUGGUAAAGGUGACGAGCUAAAAGAUCGCUACGACUUCUUGGUCAAGACCGGUUUGGACCCGGAACAUGUGGUGCAGAUGAUCACUAUGGCUCCACAUGUUCUGAAUCAGAAGAUCCAUGUCCUUGAAUCCAAGAUAUCCUUCCUUGUAAAUGAUAUGGGAUAUCCUCUGAGUACCCUGGUAAUUUUCCCUUCAUUCCUCUCGUUUACCGUGGAGAGAACCAAGCUUAGGUUUUUGAUGUACAAUUGGUUGUUGGAGAAAGGAGUGAUUGCUACUGGACUAGCUCUUAGCACUCUCCUAGCCACUGCAGACAAACAUUUCGUAAAACGUUAUGUAGUAAGGCACCCCAUGGGUUUAGAAGUCUGGGAGAAAUUCAAGACAGAGGUAGCUUCAACAAAAAACAACACACCCUGUACUCCAGAUGAUUAGCCUGAUAUGUUAUAUUUUUCUUUCUCAUCAACUUACUUUUUUGCUGGCUAAGCAACUCGUUUUGCUGCACACCAAUAGGUUGCCCCAACUUUGUCUGGAGUUUUUCUCCCUCUCUUAACUUUAGGUGUGUAUAUCUCUGUUAAUGAUUUUGUCCACAGAGAAGAUUGUUGAUCUUGCCAUUGAUCAUUUUUGGCCCAAUUUUCAUCCAUAAGUUCUACAUGUUCAGAGGUUGAUAAACCUGGAAGUCCUGUAACCUUUUCUAGCCCCAUCAUGCUUCAUGUGGUAAAUGGUCAAGAGAUCCUUGGCAGUAGCAGUAAUAAUGUGAUCAUUUGUGCAACCACAAUAUAACCACAUCAUCAAAUUUUCCUUUAUGGAAGGAAAAAAAGAACAACUUAUGUAUGAUUUGUUAA